CUCUCGGCCCUCCCUCCUCCCGCCCACCCUUUCCCUCCCCCAGUGUCUCCAGCCUCCGCGCCCCAGGAGCUCCGCGACAGCUACCAGGAGUAUGGAGUUUCUGAGCGAGAAGUUUGCCUUGAAGAGCCCACCGAGUAAAAACAGUGACUUUUACAUGGGCGCAGGAGGCGCGUUGGAGCAUGUUAUGCAGACACUGGACAAUGAGUCCUUUUACAGCAAAGCAUCGGCAGGCAAAUGCGUGCAGGCCUUCGGGCCCCUGCCCCGCGCGGAGCAUCACGUGCGCCUGGAAAGGACCUCACCCUGUCAGGACAGCAGCGUGAACUAUGGGAUCACUAAAGUAGAAGGACAGCCUCUUCACACAGAACUAAACAGAGCAAUGGACAACUGCAACAGUCUCCGGAUGUCUCCCGUGAAAGGGAUGCAAGAGAAGGGAGAACUGGAUGAACUUGGGGAUAAAUGUGACAGCAAUGUAUCCAGCAGUAAGAAGCGGAGACACCGAACCACCUUCACCAGCUUGCAGCUGGAGGAGCUGGAGAAGGUCUUUCAGAAAACCCAUUAUCCAGAUGUGUACGUCAGAGAACAGCUUGCUCUGAGGACAGAGCUCACUGAGGCUAGGGUCCAGGUUUGGUUUCAAAAUCGAAGGGCCAAGUGGAGGAAAAGAGAACGUUAUGGCCAAAUACAACAAGCCAAAAGCCAUUUUGCUGCCACCUAUGAUAUAUCAGUUUUGCCAAGGACUGACAGCUAUCCACAGAUUCAGAACAAUUUGUGGGCAGGAAAUGCAAGCGGUGGCUCUGUGGUCACUUCAUGCAUGGUACCACGUGACACUUCCUCCUGUAUGACACCUUAUUCUCACUCGCCUCGGACUGAUUCCAGUUACACGGGGUUUUCAAACCACCAGAACCAGUUCAGCCAUGUGCCCCUCAACAAUUUUUUCACUGACUCUCUUCUUACCGGGGCUACCAAUGGACAUGCAUUUGAAACAAAGCCAGAGUUUGAAAGGAGGUCUUCCAGUAUCGCAGUCCUACGAAUGAAAGCCAAGGAGCACACUGCCAAUAUUUCAUGGGCCAUGUAACAUACAGUACUCUUAUUUUUCUUUAAAUGGAAAAGUAAAACAUUCUUAUUUCUCAUAUUUAAAGGAUACCACAAUAAGCUGCUGUGUGUGGAAUUGCUAACAUAACGGU